GACGCAAUGCCGUCAACCUCGCCGAAGGUUUCCCUGAUUUCCCUGCACCUUCCUACCUUAAAGACGCUGCCAUUUCCGCUAUCCGCUCUGACUUCAAUCAGUACAGGCAUGUUCAAGCAAUAUGUGAUUACCUCGCUUAUCAACUCAAACAAAUGCAUGGCCUAGAUGUCGAUCCCCUCACUGAUAUCGUCGUAUGUUGUGGUCAAUCUGAGGCUUUUGCUGCCGCAAUGUUUGCAAUAAUAAACCAGGGUGAUGAAGUCAUCUUAUUCGAUCCAUCCUAUGAAACAUAUGAAACAUGCAUUAGGUUGGCUGGCGGGGUCCCAGUGUAUGUAGCACUUGAUCCCCCUUAUUGGAGUCUGGAUCCAAAUAAACUAGCAAAGUCAUUUACUGCCAGGACAAAAGCUAUUGUCCUCAACAGGAAAUCAUAAGCUUUUCGUUCUUUUAGUCGAACCAAUAAUUGACAAGGUUCAGUUUUGUAGUUGCAUGUAUAGUGUACAACAUGCUAGACGAAGAAGAUUUUAAACUGAUGAUCAAUUUUACCAUUGGAUAUGCUGCAGCCCUCACAAUCCAACUGGAAAGGUUUUCACAAAGGAUGAGCUUGAGAUUAUUGCUGGAGCUUGCCGGACCUGGGAUAUUCUAGUUGUAACAGAUGAGGUAUAUGAACAUAUAACCUUUGAUGGGGAGAGGCACACAUCAGUUGCCACAUUUCCAGGAAUGCAGAAGCGGACCAUCAUCACAUCUUCCUUGUCAAAAAGUUUUAGUGUGACUGGUUGGAGGAUUGGCUGGGCAAUAUGCCCAGCUUACUUUGCAUCUGCAAUCAGGAACAUCCAUGUUAAAAUUACAGACUCUGCUCCUGCACCUUUCCAGGAAGCUGCCUUGACAGCUUUGAGAAGUUCCCCCGAGUACUUUGAUGCAUUGAGACAAGACUAUAAAUCAAAAAGAGAUUACUUGGCUCAGGUGCUUACUAAAGUUGGUUUCCAGGUCUCCGUCAUGCCUAAGGGUUCCUUUUUCCUAUUCAUGGAGCUUCCCCGGACAUGCACACUUUCUGAUGUUGACUUUGUGGAGGAAUUGAUUAAACAAGCUGGGGUGGUUGCUGUACCAGGCUGUGUAUUCUUCCACACCAAUUCCUCAAAACUAGAGGACCUUUCUCUGAUGGCUAUUAGCUACCACAGAAGAUAUAUCAGGUUUGCGUUCUGCAAAAGUGAGGAAACAUUAGCUGCUGCUUCACAAAAGUUAACCGAGCUCAUCGAUGGUUCAGGGGGACUAAAGCUAUUUUAAUUAAAUUGGCUUGUUUGGAUUAGCCUUUCCAAUCCACGUCCAUGAGAAGUGGGAGCUUCAAGUUGGUUAGAGGCAACAAUAGAAUUAAGAUGGAUCUGUUUAUUCUUUGUCCCCACCCUGCAAUGACGUUGAUAAAAGUAAGUUUCAUGAAAAGAAAAUCAAUUCAUUUUCUCGACUUGUAGUUUUUACCAAAUGAAGAAAGUUAUAUGACUCGAAAAAGUAA